GUUUCCUGUUAAUGCGCUGUCUUCGGGUUCCGUGCUGGUGGUGUGCUGAUUAUUAAUGGUUGCCUUGCUGAGAAUUUAAAUCAAUACUAGCCUCCUGGUGUGGUAUCCCAGGGGAAGGAAGCGAUGGGAGCCCGAGACACUUGCUAGACAAAGCGCAUACGUGGACACUCUGCAGCAGGCGCCAGAUUUGACAAGAAGCCGCAGAAAUGUCAGCGAACAGGAUGGCCGAUCUCUGAGGCGAUAAAGUGGACGCCUGAAAGGGGUGGGGGCGCCUGCGGGCCUAUCUUCAAGCGGAAGACAUAGGCAGGCACAUGCCCCGCGGGGCUGAUUCGUCCGCCGGGGUCUGAGGCUUUCAGAGGCCACGGGGGUCCGCAGGGGUUCAAAGGUGUCGGGCGUUGCCCGUCUGUGAUUCCUGGGGCGCUGGCGUGGCGCUGCAAGCAAGUGACGCGACUGCAUUGGGCCGCCGCCUCGCACUAUCGGGCAGCGCGAGCCCAGGGGAGGGGAGAGGAGAGCGGGGCGCCAAAGUUUACGCUUUAACGUUCAACAUUUACGCGCUAACUUUCAUCCAGGGCUCACGUCUUAACUUUCAAAAUCCAUGCCCUAACUUUCAAAAUUCACGCCAUUACUACUUUCGUUCCGAAUGCAUGCCCUAACUUUCAAAAUCCAAGCCUUAACUUUCAGAGUCCAUGCCUCAACUUUGGAAAGCUAUGGCCUAAGUUUCAGAAUCCACGCCCUAACUUUCAAAAUCAAUCCCCUGACUUUCAAAAUUCGCGCUCUAGCUUUCGGAACUCAUGCCCUAAGUUGUAAGUUUCAGAAUGUAUGGCCUGGCUUUCAGUAUUUAUGCCUUAACUUUCACGAUUCAUAAUCAUAUCCUAACAUUCAGCUUUCAUGUCCUAACUUGCAGCAUUCACGUCCAUACUCCUAGCUUUCAAUAUUCACGCCCUAACUUUCACAAUUGAGGCGCUAACUUUCAAAGGUCAUGCCCUAACCUUCAAAAUUUCUGCGCUAACUUUCACAGUUCAUGUCUUAACUUUCGAAGUUGCUUCGUGUUAUAAGUUUAACAAUUCACGCCCUAAGUUCGUUCACAAGUCAUGCCCUAACUUCGUUCAUAAUUCAUGCCCUAGCUUCGUUCACAAUUCAUGCCCUAGCUUUCAAAAUUCAUAAUCUAAAACUCAAAAACAAAAACUCAAAACGAAAUGCGUGUCCUAUUCAAAACUCAAAAUUUAAAAUCAAAACUCAAAAUCUACAAUCAAAAUUCAAAAUCUAAGAGCAAAGCCCAAAAUGCAAAAUCAAAACUCAAAAUCAAAUUAUCAAAACGAAGGCAAAACUUUACAAGUAAAAAGAUUUCUCUAUCAUCUUCCUUUGUAAGGCUUUUGACUUCUGGAUCUGUAUACCAUCAUUGAUUUGACACAUAACUUUCAGAACAUAAUCAAUGCACAUUUUUCAAAACUUUCUUCAUGUUGUAGUGAGUUUUUACAGAAGUAUAAAUCUUUCUUGGCUGAAGCUCCUCAUUGACGGAUUCAUUUACUAGCAUCAACAUUGGGACUGGAUAAACAGCCUCCCCGAAAUUGCCAAUCAGAUUAUCACGUGCUAAAAGAUUGAACACACAUGAACAUAUAUUAUAAUUUAUAAUUUUGUCUGGAAAUAUAUUUAUUGGAUGAAAUGAAGAUUGUGAACGUGCUUUGUGUCGAAUAUUUUUAGACAGAGUCCCUCUUUGAUGGAAUGAUAACCGAAAUUCAAUGAAUGCAAACCUCGAGCCAAAGUCUGCAACUGACCCUCCAUCUUUUCACAGUGGUGUAGCAGGAAAAUUUUUUCCUCGGAUUCAAGCAAGAUUGAUCGCAAGCAGGAGCUGCCAGUCG